UUGAAGCGACGGUGAUGGGAUGACCGAUUUGACACGUCAGUAAACCAAUUCACAUCUGCCAUAUGUUUUUUUUAAUUUUGUUGAUUGAGAAAAUUUUAUCUAAAAAAAUUUGUGUACGGUAAUUAUAUUUCGAUAGAAAAUUAACAUUGCACGUUAGCAGUUUAAUAUCGUCGCCGUUUUCGUUAUGAUGAAGAAAUCUGAAGAAAAAGUCGCUAAAUCUUAUUCCGACGAGGCAACCGACGACCACUACUCUGGGCCUAUCUUACUUCCAGAUGUAAACAUAUUACGCUUGUUUUUACGUGUUUAAAACAGCCAAAUUUAAUUAAAUGUACGUAGCAUAUUGAUUUCAAGUAGAUUGAUCUAGACGUCACCAAAUUCAUAACUUGGAGAGAAUCAUAAAUUAUGCUAUUCUAAAAUCAAGAUUUUUUAAAUUCUCUCCUCCACCCAUUAACAUGUGUAACAUCAUAGGCAUGACACAGGGCGCAUAAACUUUUUGUUGUCCUUGGUUUCUAAAGGGGGUGGUGCGGGGAUGAGAAUUUUUUCUAAAAAAUUAAAAACUUAAAAGUUGAAUUGGGAAUUACAUGCAAUUCCUGAACGUUUAAUUUUUUAGAAAAAAUUCUCUUAGGAGAAACCACAGACAACAAAAAGUUUAUGCGCCCUGGGCAUGACAUAAUUAGAAACUAUUGCGCGACAUAAUUUAUAAGCUUCCUCGUAUGAAUUUUUACUUUGUAAUUUGCUCGCACUUUUCAGGUAAUUCCUCACCUUUGUAAAUUCCUUGCGAUCGAAACCAUAAAAACAUGUCGGUUGGUCUCACAAUCCUGGAAUUAUGCUGCAACUCCAGUUCUACUGGCUAGAACAAUUACGAUGAUUGAAGUAUCUUCGGUUAGGGAUGAGAAUAAAGUCCUCCGUGAGAUCGGUGUUUUGGAUGUCGUGGGAAAACUGAAAUUCUGUCCAGUCAAUAUCCGUCCUCAGAUAGUAUAUGAAACAUCUCCGAUAGAUCCCUCAAAAUUUCUGCAGAUCAAGAACCUUAAAUCAAUUCGUGUAUAUUAUCAUCCAGGAGUUGGAGGGAAUUUAACAAAAACCUUAUCCUCGCUUCUUCGGGCACUUUGGAAGAAUUGGAGUUGAAAUGGGAUGAAAAUUUCCCUUCAUUUCCAGGCACCAUCUUUCCCAAAUUGAGGAACCUGGUGAUCCUAUGGGGGACUGUAAGGUCUUCUGAUCACAAGGCCAUUCAAAACCUAAGUCAACCUAUUAUGGAAUUGUUCCCUAAUUUACAACAUCUCAAGACGGACUGCAAGACGUUUGGGGCACUUUCGGAGUUUGGAAUGCUGCAGGGGUUGCCACCGUCAUUUAAUUCCUUCGCGGUAGAAGGAGGGUUGGACGCUACUCCGUUGGAAUGUCUGCUGAAAAUUCCUAGUGGCUUAAAGAAACUUUCGCUGAGCCGAAUUUUCUUUAAAAAUGAUAAACUUCAGUUGAAAGAGGUGCCCAUCGUUCUGUACAAAUUGCUGAAGAAACAGUCACCCAGUCUGGAAAUAUGUUCUGUUUCCUUGGGAGGCGACAUGGAAAAACUUUCCUGGAGAUUCCCAGCAUUUCCAGUCAUGACGAUAUUAAAGAUCUACAACAGUGGGAUCUUUCGAAACGUCCAAUUUGAAAGUAGUCUUGGGUCAGGAAUAUUUGGUCGGAUUGAUUACCAGAUGAGUUUUCCUGUCUUGGAAAUCUUGCAUUUUUCUACGUAUUUAAAUCGUUUUUCCAGUGUUGCUGCAUUUCUUCCAUCGAAGGGUAGCGGAUGUCCUACGGUGAAGGAAGUUGAUAUAGAUUUUUUGGUCGUUCCAUUCCGUGAUGAAGAUAUGCCAAUAGCUUCCAUUUAAUCGCGGUUGUUAGAAGCGUUUCCCACUGCAAGGUAUUCGGUAACGUAAUUACUUUCAGCAUACAAUACUGUAUUAAAUGCUUAUUUAUGUGCACAUUGUUCAUGCUGCUUAUGAAGAUAUACAUAGAUAGUGAUUUUAUUUUAUUUCGUCGUACUAAUUCUAAAAAGACCGAAGUGCAGUCGAUGAUUAAUUUUAAAAAGACCGAACUACAGAAAACAAAUUCUAAAAAGACCUAAGUGCAAACAUGUAUUUACUUAUGGCUAUAUCUUGCCAAAACGAUUUUUCAUAUAUCGCGCGAUUUAGCCACAAGUAAAUACAUGUUUGCACUUAGGUCUUUUUAGAAUUAAUCAUCGACUGCGCUUCGGUCUUUAUAGAAUUAAUACGACGAUUUCUUUUGCAGGGUGUUCAAGAAAUCGCAACGCCCAGCAAAGUUCCAACAAAACGUUCUCAUGUAGCAACCUUUACCCUUGGACAACAGCUCCCCUCCCCCGAUUGUUAAAUAAAUACAUAUUAUUAAGCAGUAAGAAUAAAUUUGAAGCCUUGUAAUAAAAAAUAUUUGAUGAUAUGAUAAAAAUAAGAUGCAUUUGAAACACUGAGCUGAACAGACGUGUCCGCUGCUCGCUCUCGUUUUUCUUGUUUCUCCUGUGCAGCAUUGUGCCAAGUGCCUUCACAUCUUAUAUUGUCUUGUACGAUUAAAGUAACAAUGAAAUAAAUUAUGUGCUACUAAA